GUGAGAGUGCCCUAAACUCAAAGCUGUUUUUAUAAUGAGUGAUCAACGACAGCCUCUUGGAGACGGGGAGUUGAAGAAUAACAACCAGCGGGGUGUUGGUGAUGCAAAUGCAAACAAUGUUCAGACGGAAGACGGUGGGAGAACUGGAGAUUUUGGCUCUCUGUCUGGGUUAAUGACUGAGACAGCAGAAGAAGAUAAGGUCAUCAUUUGGGGCACCGACUCUCAGUUUGAUGACCCCGAGCUGGCUGAGUUUGAGAUGCUUGAGUGUCAGGAGCUGGAAGCUUACCUGGUUGAGGAAGGGGAGGACUUUGUUGAGGUUGCAAAACAGAAGGGAGUUCAAGAGCAGCUUUCCUUGGGCAGUAGAGCCAAAGCAGAACAAAAAGCCGAUUGUUCAAGCCGAGAAGAGACCAAGUUCAUUCAGCAAGUUGGCGUUGAGCAGGAACCAACUGUAUCUUGCAUCUCUGAAGAUAGAGAGGUGUCCAGGACCGAGCUGAGUUCUGAAACUGAUGUCUUUGUAACCUGUCUUUCCACAAUUUCGAGCACUGCCACCACAACUCAAAUGACAGACUCCUGGCACAACACCUCUGGUUCUCACUCAACCAUUGCAGAGGAUCUGACUCAGUCUUCCCAAAUCUGCAGUCCAGACUCUGAGAGAGUCAAAUCCUCUCGAAGAGAAGAGGAACCGUCUUUCCUUGCUAGAAAAACUACAUUGCACCAGAAAGCUCUGGACAUGAAUUUGAAUUCCAUGCCUCGCUCAGAGGAUGUUGUUUCACAGCAACCCCUGAACAAUGAUUGUUUAUGCAGGGAUGUAAGUGAUGAGCACAGAAAACACAAUACCCAGAAGAAUACAGCAGGGAACUGCAUUUCUGAUUGUACCUUUAAAACUUUACCCACUGUAACAAAGUCACAAGAAGAAGUUAACAUAAAAAUGGAUAAAAGCACACAAGCUGACGAAAUCCCUGAUUUGAUUAAGCUGGUCCCAACAGGUACUAAAGGGACUUCGUCAGCAAAUGAAUACAAAGCCAUAAGAAAGCAAGGCUCUUUUGAUAACACUCCAACAAAACAGAACACUUUUGACAAAAGCUUCAAGAAGCAGCCUUCGUUUGACAAUACUUUAAAGAAGCAGUUCUCUUUUGAUAACUCUUUAAAAAAGCAGGGCUCCUUUGAGAACACGGUCAACUCCCGGUCUUCAUCUCUGGAGAGAAGGAAGCCUUGGGGAAGCCCAAGUCGAACAGCUACUACUGCAUCCCCAAAAGCAACAUCCUGCUCACCCAAAAGACAACCACCUGCUUCCCCAGCCAAAGCUCAGGGCACUAGGUCAUUGAGUUUUGAGCGCAGUGACUCUUCUCUGAGAAUUCAAAGUUUAAAGCCUCCAAAUAAAAUCAACACAAACAGCGGAAUUCCUAAACCAAUCACACCACAACAGAAAGAGACUGAACCAAGAAAAUCUCCACCCCAGAAGCCCAAGAACAUCAGACCAAAAAUCAUUACAUACGUUCGAAAGAACGUGCAAGCGAAACCACAAGAUUCCCAACACGAAGCCCCAACACCACCGCCACGGUUGCCCUCUUACUCCAGCCUACCAGUUCACAAAGAUUCAAAAUGUGUUCCUCAAUCUAAAUCCACACCGGUGCUCAGCUGCUCCAAUCUGCUGUUGGACAAGUAUCGACAGGAGAUGCAGAAGGCGGGGUUCUAUCCUCUAGGAGCUUCUGUGAUCGGGGCCAGACCUCCAGGCAGCACCAUUCCCCAAAGGCUGAGCGGGAAGUCUGAGAGCUUCCAUGAGGAGAUGUCGAAGAAAUACCUGCAAGAGCGUGUUUCCCAGGAAGCUGGAGGCCUCUAUCGUUCGCCCAGAGGCCUUAGGCCUCAGUUGGGGUUGGGGGCCAUCACCAGGCAGUCUGCAGCCAAGACAAGAAUUCAGCAAACCAGUCAAAAAUCGUCUCCAGCUCCAUACCAGUCUAUUCAGGCAGCCAAAGCAUCCACUACAGGCCACCAGGACCAAGCAGGUCUCUGUGAGCAGAAGAGGUCAGUUCUGGAAACUACUCCCAAAAGCCUCCUGCUGAAAUCAGGCCAGUCCGGUCUCCGUCCACCAGGUUUCUCCAGCCUUCCAGCUGCUCGCCUGGCUGCCUUGGGCGUCAUCCGGAGCUCCAGCGUCUCGUCAGUUUCCAGUAAUCAGUCCAGUGACAGCAGCAACAGCGAUCCUUGCCGACCCUCUCACUCUUUGAGGACAGAGCUGCAGAAGGACAUCGAUGCUGUGCUCUCACCAAAGUCCUCCCCGAAAAGAUGUGCCGUGGUUUCACCCAAGAUCCAGUCACCCGCUCGUGGGAGGACAGCGGCAGCUCUUGGUGCUGCUCGGAGCGGACGUUCGCAGGAGCUGGACCGAGUUCUGAUCCAGCAGCUGCAGGAGCGAUGUGAGCAGCAGGCCCUGCAGCUGCAGGACCUUCAGACCCGGUUAAAGAAGGCCUGCCUGUGCCUGGAUGUGUUCAGCAUCACCACUCAGCACUUCUACCACAAGCUUUCAGUGUGGCACACUGGGAGCAGCUGCAGCAGGAGAAGGAGGACCUGGAGCGGCGUUUUGAAGCUGAGCUGCAGGGGUUGCAGGCUCAGCAGCAGAGGGAGCUGGGAGCACUGGAGCAGCGGCUGAAGGCUCAGCACAUGGAUGAGACCGAGAGGCUGCAGGUCCAACAACGAGAUGAGCUGGAGGAGCUGCGCUUCAGGCAGGAGGAGCAGCUUGAGGAGAUGACUGAAAACCACAAAACCUCCCUGCUGGAGCUGGAGACGGUUCACAACGACACGCUGGUCACUCUGCAGGAGGAGCAUGCCAGGACUGUCAAAAAUCUGAAGAUGGCUCACGAACAGCAGAAGAAAUCACAGGAAGAAGACUUUGAGAAGAUCAGACUGUCACUGCAGGAUCAGGUGGACACGCUGACGUUUCAGAAUCGCAGCCUGAGAGAUCGAGCGAAGCGAUUUGAAGAAGCUCUUCGUAAGAGCACCGACGAGCAGAUUGUGGAUGCCUUGGCUCCUUAUAAACACAUUGAAGAGGACCUGAAGAGUCUGAAGGAAGUUCUGGAGAUGAAAAAUCAACAAAUCCACCAACAGGAGCUGAAGAUUUCAGAGCUGGAGAAAAUAGCUGAAAAAAAUGUGUACCUGGAGGAGAAACUUCAAGUGUUACAGCAGCAGAACGAAGACCUCAAGGAGCAAAUAGACAAGAAUCUCGCCAUGUCCAGGCAACUCACUAAAGAGAACGCCAACCUGCAAGUUCACGUGGAAAAGGAGAGCAAAGAGAAGAAGCGUCUGAGUCGCACCAACGAGGAGCUGCUGUGGCGCCUCCAGACAGGCGAGCUGAGCCCCAACAUGUCCCCCACUUCCUCCCCCAUCCACCACCCCCUGUCUGGACCAGGCUCCCCCGCACGCCCACACUCUUACCAUCAAUGA